GGACACAUGCGCUUAGUAAUCACGAUUCAUCUGUGUAUAUAUUGAGGUUAUCGAGAUACACACGUGUAUUAUAAGGGAUAUUGUAUAACUGUUUGCAUUGUUAUUAAAGCAGCAGUUUUUGUUUGUUUUGGAAUCGGUGACCACUCCUAACAUCUAGAAAAGUCAGAAUCGUAACAAUGAAGACGUAUCUACUCUUAUCGGGAGUAAUUGUUGCUGUUGCGUUAUUAGCAGCAGAAGCCAAGCGUCUCCCCUACAGACGUUCCUGCUGGUCGGACUCGGACUGCAGACGGAACCAGUGCUGCAUCAUAAAGAACGGACCACCCAUAAUGAGCAAACGAUUGGCGUCAGGUAUCGCCAGACCUUCAGGUGUUUGUAGAAACUACCUACGCCUGAAUGACAACUGCGCAGGCGCGUCUAAGAUGUUUGGCUCGUGUGGGUGUGGCCCUGGUCUGUACUGCCGCCACUACCCGGAUGUGAAACUGCCAGUCGGUAAGCGCGACGUACAGGGCUGGGAAGAAAAGAGGAAAAUAAUCGCACAAGGGAGAUACGUGUGCAAGAUCAAGAAGCAUCUUCUACCAUUUAGUUAAUUGUCUUGGAAACUCACCAAUAAAACAAAUUGCAAUGGU